GUGAGGCUGAAACAAAAUGGAGGUCUAAAAAAUUCUCCGGUAAAAGUUUUCUUAUUUUCAGGCGUAGAGGUAAAUAGACGAUUACAAACGUGUUACUAUUAGCUAUUAUCUAAUGUUGGAUAUGUCCUGAACAGUCGUAGGAUAUAUGAAGGAUAGUAUACUAUCGUGGUGAGUGAAAAAAUUGACGAACUGCACGUACACCAGUCCUUUGUGUAAGAGAUCUGCCCAUAAUAAAUCAGUCAUGCCGGGUAAAGCCAAAAAGGCUCGUGCACGUAAUACCACUAGGCACACUAGAUCAAGUUCAGAAAUGUCAAAUGAUGAGGGAAAGGUUUGUGAUACUGACGAGACUGAUAGUGAGGAGGCAGCAUGUGCCACGCCCAAAAGGAAAUCCUGUAGUAACAGAUAAUGUCAAUAUUAGUGAAGAAGGACGGAUCCUUAUUGAUCGUAUGGAAUGCUUGAGUAGAGAAAUCACGAAACAAAACUCGGAAUUUCAUGAUGAAAUGAAUGUAUUGAGAGAUGAUAUUCGAAAAAACACAAAUGACAUGAAAAAUGCAUUGAAGGAGGAAAUAAGUGAACUGAAGAGUGGUAUCACCUAUGCCCAGGAAGUCAGUGAAGAGAAUAAGAUCAAAGUAGAGGAACACGAAGAAUGUCUUAAGGAUAUUCAAAUUCAAUCAUCUUCCAUGUCUACUGCUAUAAAGAAUAUGUCAUAUCAAUAUAACAAAAUGUAUGAUGAAUUGAACACUAAACUUCUGGAUAUGAAUGUGUACUCUCGUAGAAGUGCACUCCACUUUCAGAACAUUCCUGAGGAGGAUGGCGAGAAUCCAGGAGACGUAAUGAAGCACUUCUUUGUCAAUAGACUUAAGAUGUCGAAGGAUGAGGUGCAAAAUAUUCGCUUCGAGCGUGUACAUCGAAUCCCACUUGGUCCUAAAGAAAAGUACAGAUUCACUAGAACAAUGACCGUGAAAUUCAACUGGUACCAGGAUAGAGAGACAGUGUGGGGAAUACGUUUUAGUCUUAAAGGAUCAAAUAUAUACGUUACUGAGAGCUUUCCAAAGGAAGUUGAGGAUAACAGACGCCUGUUGAUGCCAUAUUUCAAAAAGGCCAAGGAACUAAAAUGGAAAUGUGCCAUGAUCUCAGACACCCUUAUAGUGAAAGAUGAGCGAUAUAAGAUUGGAGACAUACAAAAAUUACCAAUGGAACUUUUGAAUGACAACUCAUCAAUGCGAGAUUUGGACACGGUAUUUUUGUACAAUUCGUCCACAUCCCCCCUUGGCCCAGAUAGCUGCACACCCUUUGAAUGCGAAGGCACGAUGUUCCGUAGUGUGACGCAAUACCUGAACUUUUGAAUGACAACUCAUCAAUGCGAGAUUUGGACACGGUAUUUUUGUACAAUUCGUCCACAUCCCCCCUUGGCCCAGAUAGCUGCACACCCUUUGAAUGCGA